UCAAAUAAAAAAGCUAAGCUGCUGAAACAAUUGUCGGGCGAUAUUGUUACGCGAGUGUCUAAUUUUUUCUUGCUCCGAUCGUGCAAUAUUUAGUUUUUAUUAUUGUGCGCUAACGAGAAACUUCCAGUUUUCGUAGACUUCAUAAAAUCUCAUUCGAGUCACUCGAGUUACGUGCUUCUCAAAAUUUUUUGAUUAUCACUCUACGACUCUAGAAUGGAUCGGGCGGACGAAAGAAGCGAUUCAGAGGAUGAACUCGACAAUGCUCGGAACAGCCCAUCAUCGGAAACUCGUUCACCGAGAGUUUCGAGAUCACGCAAUUCUGCCAAGUCCGGCAGUUCUUCUCCUAGAAGUCGAUCAGGGUCACGUGGUUCUCCGAACCAUUCCCCUGAUAGAUCGGCUAGAUCUUCGCCGUUACACGAACAAAUAGCUUCUUCGAUUACCUCCGAUAGAUCACGAGGAUCGUCGCGCUCCCCAUCGUCUACCGGUUCAAAGUCUCCGUCGGGAUCUCCGCUUAGGAGCCCUCGGGCUUCGAGGUCAGGAUCGCAGAAGAAAAAAAGUGCUUCUAGAUCUCCUUCUUGUUCUCCGGUCAGAGAAAGCGGGCCAAAGUCACCAUCGAGAUCAGUUUCCCGUUGUGCUUCCAAAUCUUCUACAAGAUCACGCUCAAGAUCUAAAAGUGGUUCUCGCAAUUCUUCGCCAAGAUCAAAAGGUAUUGGUUCGAGGUCAGGGUCACAUGAGUCAGCGCGCGGGCUGAGGUCUCCCUAUCCAAAGUCUUCCGGCUCCCGAUCGCGUUCGAAUUCAGGCUCACGGCAAAGAUCCCGCUCAAGAUCGGGAUCGCCUCGCGAUUCGGUCAAAGCAAAAUCGGAAUCGAAAUCAAGGUCAAGAUCACCCGAGCCUAAAUCCAUCAUUGUUGCAAACCCGAGUGGCCCGGAGUCUCCGGUUUCAUCGAAGAAUCAACGUCGAUCCGGCUCCGCGGAAAGCUCCAAACCAAAUUCUCCAGGAAGAUUAACUGGUUCGAGAUCACGAUCGGGAUCAGGUUCACCCGAUACGAAAGCAGCACGAUCUAGAAGCAGAUCCCCGUCGAAGCCAGCAUCACCCAUUGACUCCCCCAGGAGGUCCAGGUCACGAUCCGGCUCGCGCAAGGCCGCUUCAAGAUCGGCUUCAAGAUCACUUUCAGGAUCGAGAAAAGCACCGUCGAGAUCACGGUCAAGGUCAGGAUCGAGGGAAGCAGUCUCGCGUUCGCGCUCGAGAUCAGGUUCGAGAAAAGCAGCUUCGCGAUCGCGAUCAAGAUCAGGUUCGGCGAAAGCAGCUUCGCGUUCUCGUUCGAGAUCAGGAUCGAGAAAAACACCUUCGCGAUCGCGAUCAAGGUCGGGAUCUAGAAAAGCAGCUCCCCGAUCGCGUUCAAGAUCAGAUUCCAGAAAAGCAACAUCGCGAUCGCGCUCGAGAUCGGGAUCGAGAAAAGCGACAUCGCGAUCGCGAUCACGAUCACACUCGGGGUCUCGAAAAGCAGGAUCGCGAUCACGCUCGCGUUCAGGUUCACGAGCAGCAACUUGGCGAUCACGUUCUGGAUCGCGGAAAAGAGCAUCUCGUUCGCGUUCACGUUCGGGUUCUGUCUCGAGAAAAGGAGCAUCGCGUUCACGAUCGAGAUCUCAUUCCGGUUCGAGAUCACGCUCAGGCUCUAGACACUCAAGAUCGCGUUCGCGCUCGGGUUCAGGAUCAAGACAUUCGCGUUCGCGAUCACGAUCCGCUUCUGCGAGAUCGAGAUCAAGAUCUGGAUCGCGGUCCCGAUCGCGAUCGCGGUCACGGUCACGAUCACGUUCACGAUCUCGGUCAAGGUCUCGUUCACGCUCGAGAUCUGGCUCGGGAGAACGGGCUAGAUCGGUCUCGAGAUCGAGAUCUGGCUCGAGAGGAAAAUUAAAAUCGAGGAGCCGGAGUCGCGAUUCCGCUGGAUCCGCAGAAAAACGUCGACAACGAAUUACUGAUUCCGAUGGCGACGAUGAUGAGGACGCUAUUAAAACGAAACAACGAUCAAAACACAAAUUAUCCGAUUCUGAGGAAGAAGACGAGGGCUCCUCGAAACGUCGAAAAAAACUCGGAGAUGAUGAAGAAGAAAAAGCCGAAGGCGAGGCUGAAGCUGAUCACGACAAGGAUGCCGAUCUUGAAGCAACACCUGCCAUUCAGGAUGAUGGAGAAGAUUCUGAUGAAGGAAUCAUUGGUGAUCGCGGUGAGGGUGAUCAGAAUAAUUACGUAGACGAUGGCAUAUCAGACUUUGACAGGAUGUUGGCAAGGAAGAAAGAGGAACAAACGAGACGUCGUAAGCGAAAAGACAUAGAUAUUAUCAACGAUAACGACGACAUAAUAGCCCAAUUAUUAGCCGACAUGAAAAACGCCUCGGACGAGGAUAGAAAACUGAAUCAGCUGAGUAAGCCAGCAACUAAUAAAAUAGCCAUGUUACCAAAGGUUCUGUCACAGUUGAAGAAGCACGAUUUGCAAUUGGCCUUCCUCGAGCACAACGUACUUUCCGUUUUAACGGAUUGGCUCGCACCGAUGCCCGAUCGAUCUUUGCCUUCGAUACGAAUACGAGAUAGUCUUUUAAAAUUAUUAUUGGAAUUUCCCCGUAUUGAUCAGUCUUCCCUGAAACAUUCCGGUAUUGGUAAGGCUGUAAUGUACCUGUACAAACAUCCGCGGGAAACCAAGGAUAACAAAGAAAAAGCCGGCAAACUGAUAAAUGAAUGGGCACGACCGAUAUUCAAUUUAUCAGCUGAUUUCAAAGCAUUGUCGAAGGAGGAAAGAUUUCAAAGAGAUUUGGAACAAACUCCUCAAAAGCGGAGAAAACCCGAGGAGGGUGAACCUUCCCAAAAAUCUCAGGAUAUUAAUAAAGCUCUCAAAAGCGACGCCAAGCUUCUCAGGCCCGGUGAUAAAGGUUGGGUAGCUCGAGCUCGUGUUCCUCAACCUUCGAACAAAGACUACGUCGUACGUCCCGAUUGGAAGACCGAUGUGGAUAUUAGUAGGGUAAGAAAACUCAAACAAGCAACAAAUAUAACAAUGGCCAAAAAAAAUUUCUCGAAACAUAAAAUAAUGAAUUAUUUUUCAGUCUACGAAGAAGCAAAUGAAUCGGUUCGAGCGCCACAUGAAAAAUUACAUCGAUACCAAAAGAAUGAAAGCGGCCAGACGAGCAGUCGAUAUUUCGAUCGAAGGUCGCAAAAUGUCGCUGUAAAUUAGAGAACAAAAAAAUCUUUCACCUUGAGUUUGAUUUGAAGAGCCAUUGUAUUGUACUGUGUUUCCGUGAUAAAUUUAUUUAUGGAAAGUCCGAAUAAUGAGGACGUUCAUAGAUAAUAAAAACAAGUAAAUGAGCUAGUGAAAAAUAAAAAAUACAUUUUAUCGAGAAAAUUAAAUCCCAGAAUAAUUCAAAUGUACCGUCUCAUUAGUUUUUACAUAACUUAUUACAAUAUAAAACUACUGGAGGAAAAAAAAGAUUUUUGCAAGUUCUUGCCAAACAAACUUCGUUGAAAAAAACAAUAAUAGAGGAAAUUUCAAGUCAUCGGGUUAAACUGUAAGACACGAUUAUCGACUGCUUUCAAAUAUUAUUACAAUAAUUGUGUUAUUUACAUUAUUAUUAAUUUCAUUAUUAUUUUUUUUUAGAAAACUCUGUUGUCUGUUCUUAUUAAUACGAUGAGGUAGAAAAGUCGGCCCGAAAUUCGAAACGAAAUAAUACGAAGUGUGAUGUAUAGCCAUUUUAGAAAUUUGGAAAAUAAUAACGGAGAUUGAAAGAAUAAUCUUACAAUUCUGAUUUUCUGAGUAAAAAAAAUUGACUCGUUGUUUCGAAGGGUGGAAAAAAUUAAACACGGAUACCCUUGUAUACAAUUUUUGCGUACAAAACCAUUGAUCAAAGUGUACCUAUUAUUAUAUAUAUCGGUAUAUAAAAAAAAUUAUACAUUUAA